AUGGAAGCGAUGUCCCCCCAGCAGGAGACCCUAGGGGGGCGCUCCUCUUCCCUGACUGGCUUGUCCAGGCUCGCGGGAGGCUCGGGCGCCAAGAAGAAAAUGAAAACAUUAGCAGAAAGGAGAAGGAGUGCUCCAUCUCUCAUCCUGGACAAAGCCCUGCAAAAAAGGCCGAGUACCAGGGAGAGUCCUUCGGCUAGCGUGGACACGUGUGCGUUUCUGUCGUCAUUCACCGGCGCCAGUCGGACUCUGCUGAUUGACGGCUGGGUAGAACUCAGAAGAGGCUUGCAAAGACAGGAGCGGCACCUUUUCCUGUUCAAUGAUUUGCUCGUUGUGGCCAAAAUCAAAUAUAACAACAACUUUAAGAUUAAAAAUAAAAUAAAGCUCAGUGACAUGUGGACAGCAAGCUGUGUGGAUGAAGUGGGAGAAGGCAACACCAAUGCCCAGAAAUCCUUUGUCCUGGGCUGGCCCACCGUGAACUUUGUGGCCACCUUCAGUUCUUCGGAACAAAAAGACAAGUGGCUCUCUCUCCUUCAGAGAUCCAUCAGUCUAGAAAAAGAGAAGGACUGCCCGAAGAGCAUUCCCCUCAAAAUCUUCGCCAAGGACAUUGGGAAUUGUGCCUAUUCCAAAACCAUAACAGUAAUGAAUUCAGAUACAGCGAAUGAAGUUAUCAACAUGUCACUUCCAAUGCUGGGGAUAACGGGCUCUGAGAGAGAUUACCAAUUAUGGGUCAAUUCUGGCAAAGAAGAGGCACCAUACCCACUCAUUGGACACGAAUAUCCCUACGGAAUUAAAAUGAGCCAUCUCCGAGACACAGUGCUGCUGACCCCAGGAUCAAAGGACUCCACCGCCCCCUCCAAUCUCCAGGAGCCCUUCCUGAUGGAGCAGCUGCCCCCAGCGAUGCAGUGCCAGUUCAUCCUGAAGCCCAGCCGCCUGGCUGCCGCCCAGCAGCUCAGCGACUCAGGUCAAAAGACAUUUAAAAGGAGGAGAUCGAUCAUAAACUGGGCCUUCUGGCGGGGCUCUAGCACUCACCUGGAUCACUUGCCCAUGUCACCAACAGCCCCUAUGCCAGGCCAGCUCUUCGGUGUUUCCCUGCCAACUAUUUGUGAGAAUGGCAACCUGCCCAAACCCGUCCUGGAUAUGCUUUGCUUUCUUAACCAAAAAGGGCCCCUCACCAAAGGCAUCUUCAGACAGUCGGCCAAUGUCAAGUCUUGCCGAGAGCUCAAAGAGAAACUGAAUGCCGGCCUGGACGUGCGCCUCGACUGCGAAUCCAUCUUCGUGACAGCCUCCGUCCUGAAGGAUUUUCUACGAAAUAUUCCAGGAAGCAUUUUUUCAUCAGAUCUCUAUGAUCAUUGGGUCUGUGUAAUGGAUCAAGGCAAUGAUGAAGAGAAAAUAAAUACAAUUCAAAGGCUAUUAGAUCAGCUUCCAAGAGCCAAUGUUGUUCUUCUAAGGUAUCUUUUUGGCGUAUUGCACAACAUUGAGCAACAUUCUUCGUCCAAUCAGAUGACUGCGUUUAACUUAGCUGUGUGUAUCGCUCCAAGCAUUCUUUGGCCUCCUGCUUCCUCCAGCCCAGAACUAGAAAAUGAAUUUACAAAAAAGGUUUCCCUGCUCAUGCAGUUUCUGAUUGAAAACUGCUGUAGGAUAUUUGGAGAAGAAAUUGUGUCCCUCUUGGGAGAGAUUUCAGUGCAAUGUGAUAGCAGAGAGAAUCCCUCAGAUAUUUCCUGCUUCCCGCUAAAUGACUCCUCCUAUGACAGCCUGGAAAAUGAGCUCAACGAAGACGUGGAUGCUCCCUGCAGUGACUUGGUAAAGAAGCUGGGCCAGGGCAGCCGAAGCAUGGACUCCGUCCUCACCCUCAGCGACUACGACCUGGAGCAGCCGGAGGUGGAAGGCCUUUUAACGCUGAGCGACGUAGACUUAGACCCUUCUAAAGAUGAAUGCGCUCCAAUGAAGCGGCCCCUCGAGGCCAAGCCAGUGAGCUUUUCCGUGGUGUACCCCGACGUCCCUCUGCGGGCCCGCACCAGGGCCCCCUCAGGCGGUUGCUCGCCCUCCUACCUGCCCCCAGCUGCUGCAGACGCGCCCAAGAGCUUGCGGCGACAUCGGCGCUGCUCGGAGCCCAGCAUCGACUACCUGGACUCAAAGCUUUCCUAUCUCAGGGAGUUUUAUCAGAAAAAGCUGCGCAAGUCCAGCUGCGAUGCCAUUCUCUCCCAAAAGGAGGAGGACUACCUGAAGCCGACCCAGCCCCUCCAGGGAGAGGACAAGGCGACAGCUUUCAAGCCAAGUGUGGCUGCAGGCACCGAUGGCAGCAAGAAAAACGCAACUCACCAAAAUGUCAAGAAGAAAGGCCCGUCCGGUCAUGAAGGACAUCUUGGGAGACCGUUCCCUAAAUCCAAGCCAGUGGCCAUCUCCGUGGCCUCGAACAGCCGCCCUGCAGUACAGGAUCACCGCAGGCACCCGCCCGGGAACGCAGCUGCCCCCGGGUGCUCCCCACCACACACGGCAGCGGCCCUCCAGAGCUCCAGGAUGCCCCGGCGCUGCUCCGAGCCCAACAUGGAGGAUCAGCACUGCAUGCUGACCUAUCUCAGGGGGGGGCACUCAAAGAAACAGCAUAAAGCCGGCUGCGACGCCGGCCCCCUGCAGGGGCAGGAGGACUAUCUCAAGCGGCACAAGUCUUUGCAAAUGGAAGGGCAAAAACUCAUGAACCAGAGUUUGGUCAUGGGCAUCGAGGUAGGCAAGAGUAGCGCCUCCCACCAGAGCACUGAGAAGGUCUUGCCCCCAGGACUGAACCUGUGCCCCAGGACUAGUUAUUCCAGCUUGUCCUCCCCAGGCACGUCCCCGUCGGGCUCCUCUGUGAGCUCCCAGGACAGUGCUUUCUCCCAGAUUUCUGAGCACUCUGUGUUUACACCCACUGAAACCUCCUCUCCCGUCGACUGCACUUUCCAGGCGCAGAGGAAACAGGGAGAGCUCUCCUCGGACUGCAGCAGCUCCAGCCUUGUCUCCGUGAGCACACCUAGCUGCUCCGGUGCUCAGGCCAGCGGCCGCCUGGCUUACCCAAAGAAGGGCACUCCCGAGUGGCAUUCACAAAUGCAUUCUGUCACUCUGCACCCCAGCACGUGGCUGAGGAACGGCGUGGCCAGUCUGAAGAACUGGACCCUCAAGAAGAAGGCCAAGGCAUCUCAGCCAGAGGAAAAGAAAGCCAGCUCUCGGAAAGGGCCUGCAGAGCCCACCUCCCCCUAUGCUUCUGAGUUGCAAGAGAGACAGACUGAUGUGCCCCUGAGGGCCACCAAAGGACUCGGAGUUGGGCAAACCACCCCGUGGUUAAGUCCGUACCCCUGCCAGGACUCAGACAGACACUGUAGCACUCCCUUCAGCCCCACAGAAGACAGGCUCGCGUUCUGUAAGAAGUCCCACAAGGAAGCUGAGGUUGGUGGUCAGUGCUCCCCUGGUGCUCUACCCUGUGAAAGGCCCUCCUCACCCAGCUCUCUGACUGUGGGCGAUGGGUGCAGGCCAGACCCUGGGCCUGCAGUAGUAGGGAGUGAUGAUGCGGACCGGCAUUUCACCAAAGACAUUUAGCCAAGGGGAGAAUCCGAUCUCUCCAGGAGGAGGAGCUGGGCUUCCUUGUAACACAGAGACAAUAAUUAUUAUGACCCCUCUGUAUAAGACACCUGGGAGAGGUAGCAUGCGGACCAUCGUGGCUAAUAUUUAGAACAGGAAGAUUCUCCUGACAUGCGAUUACUUGGCAGAAAGCUCAUUCUCAAUGAUUUGGUCAGCCUAGUAUUUGGGCGGCUUCUCUUCACUGAGCCUAGGCUUAGCCCUGUGGUCCAACUCUAGAGAUUUUACGGAGGAGGGCUAGAGAAAGCAAUCUUUCUGUCGAACUGGGUCUCACGUGAACAUUUCUGUGAAAUUAAGUUACUUGAGAAGACCGGGAUAUCAUGGAAUUAAAGAUGAGGGACAGGGAAGAGAGGGAAAGGGUGUAAAAAAUUAUCCACAAUCCAUGAAGUCUUUUUAAGAAAUAGCCUAGAAAAAUACCAUGAAUCAAAGCAAUGAGAAGCUUUUGUCUAGUGAUGAAGGGAAUCAUGUGAAACAUUUCCCUCUCUGUAGAUCUAUCUCCAGAGAGCGUAGUUCCGGGCAUCUCAGUAGCAUGUCCUCAUAGCACCCUUCCAGGAGCUGUCACGUGAUGCAGUGAAGCUAGAAAGGAGUAGAAUGGUUCAAGGACCAUUGGCCCUAUAAUACCAUCUUGGGGUUUUGUUGUUGCUGAUUUGCUUUUCCACUGGUGUGUUGUAAUGCUCUGCAAAGGCUCCAGGAACUGGCCCUUUCCAAAGGUGCCUUUUGCUGGGAACAUCCAGGACACCUUUUUCCAUUUACAAGGAGACCUCCUGACAGUUACGCGCCUGCCGGUACCAACAUUUGAUCCGCCUUCCGGCUGAACUGCUUCCCUCCCGCUCUGCCCCUUAGAGGAGAGUCAGCUGCGGGGGAAAAAUGUGACCAGCAUUCCUCACUGCUGGGCUUGGGCCGCUGAGAAAGCCCAUGUAGAGAUCGGCAGGUGAUACACAGUCACAAUAGAACACACACCAAAGUGGCUGCCAGUUCUUUGACAGUCGUUGGCUUUGGGCCUUUUCACUCACAAAAGGGUUUCCAUCCUUUUGCUCCAAAUAAUUCAUGGUUUAUGGAUGGUUUGGGCCCCCUUGUGUGAUUUCAUAACCAUGGACACUUCCUCUCCCUGUAAGGCUCCACUGGGACAUCUCCUUACUGGGGAUCAGAGCAUGCUAAAGGGAUUGCACCAGGACUGGAUUUGCAUCUUCUUUCUAAUGAUUUGCCCAUACAGAGUGGCUCAGAGCCCAUUCACUUGGUCUCUGGUCGACCACCAGACUCUUAGCAUCACAUGAAUGUGUUACCCACGAAGUAGCUUAUUCCAAACUAACUUUCCUUAUCACUCCCUAGGAAUCUGUCAUUUCAGAUGUUCAUUCCCUCUUGCCCUGAAGGUUGAGGGGUUUGUUUUGGGUUUUGUUUUUCCUUUACAUAAAUAAUAAUGUUUCCUCUAAGAUGAAGACGUUUUUCAGUAUUAGUUAUAGGUGCUACCUACCUCUCGGGGACAUGACCCUCUUUGCCCUAAGCACUAGAAUGAACUUUUAGAACUCUGUCCAAAGAGCACCUUCACGACACUGGCCAUCUCAGUCGCAGAUGUGAAGUUGAUUUCACCCAAUAGCUGGACACCCCCACAGAAAGACCUCUAUGUGUCCGUGUGCAUUUUUGUGGUUUAAUGUAUAGCGUCCGCAGGCACUGCUCCCUUCCCCUUGGGGCAUACUACUGUCAGAACUGCACGAUGUGAAGGAAGCUCCCAAGGCUUUGGAGUGUCUUUCUGGAAGAAAUGACUUUUCUACUUAUCAAAUUAAUAGUUCUAGUCUUUUUAUUUUCAUAUUAGUGGGUAGAAAACCACCACCCAAUUUGAAGCAUAGAACAAGAUACGUGCUGAGGUUCUUCAAUAACCAUUCCUCCUCCCUGGAUCCCUUUAGAUACUCCUGUAUUACUUAAAUGUGAAUAGUUUGUUAAUAUUGCUGUAAAGUAUUAUAUUGUACAAUUUGAAGACAAACUACAUGUCAUUUUAUUAUACUCUGUCAACCUAUAAUAUAUUAGACUGAUGCUUUAUCUAAAAUGCUUUGAGUUUGUAUAAUAUAUCUUGACAAAUUUUACUACCAUAUGUUAUGUAAUAAAUGUGUAUUUUUGUACUUGCAGAAACUGCUGCUAACUUUUAAAAGUUUUUGUUUUGUUUGUUUUGUUUUGUUUCCAAGGCACUGAUGAUGGAUAUGAUGAUGUCCAUGCUAUUAAAUAAAACAUCAUUCUGCAGAGUGGAGCCCACCAGAGCAAGAUUGCCCUUUGUAGAGUUGUGUUAGUGGUUGUUGAGCCCCAUUUGUGCUUCCUGUUGGAAAUUUCAAGUGGGGCCAUUAACACAGAAUUGGAAUUUUUGAGUCUUUAGGCAUAAGCCAUGUCCAUCCUCUCCUGAAAACGUUGUCUUUCCCUUUUGUAUUUUCACCCUAUUUAUCAAACCUCAUUGUUUUAGACACAAAAAUCAUUUUCUUUGGCAUUCUUUUUAAUUACACUUCUAAAAUCAAACAAUUCUAAUGUCAAAAAGAACCACCAGCUCAGAUCAAUUGACUGCAAUGGAUUUUUGGACUAUUCUGGCAUGUUGACCUUAGACAAGCCAAGACAUCAGAACUUUUAAUGUGGUAUAAAUGUAUUAAAUAGCAAUAGUUUCUCAUGAUUGCCUACAUCUGUACUUUCUCAAAGUUCAUUGAGGCUCCCACUACUUGUUUAACCACCAUUUCAAAGAGGUUCAGAAACAGAAUGCUACUUUAGUCCAGACAAAAUCAUUUGCUACAACUACACUGCCAGAAAUGUCAUUGAUCAGGAAAUGUGGGUAGUGUACACAUGCUGAUACUUCUCCCAAAAAUGUACGGCAGUCCAGAGAUAACUUUGCUUUUAAAAAAGUCUUUUUCUCCCAAACAUUGGAUUUAAGAAAUCAUAUCACUUCUGUGUGUGUCUUUGUCUUGUCUUUUCCUGUUUAGGACUGAAUAAAUACCCUCCUUAAAUUAUA